CCCCCUCCACCCCUUAAUCUCUCCGGCCUUCCUUCCAGCGCGUUCUGUAAAUUGCAGCCGCUAUUGUUGCCGCACACAGCCACAAGAAUGAGCGUUUCCAUAGCAACUCGCACCGCCGCCGUCACAGCAGCAGCAGCAUCAUCGGUCCAGCUUGGGGUCAUUGGAUUCCGCACUGCACACACGUGCACCCACAGUCAGGCGCCGUGAUUGGCUGUGGCAACGGUUGCCGCGGCGGCGUGAACAGGGGAAGGCGCCAUGGCCCGGAACGAGGGUCCGAGUGCGCAUCGUGUGCCGGCGCUGUCACCUCGGGCCGCCACGUCGAGCGGGCGACUCUUCACCAUCAGGGAGCAGGAUGAGGGUCGGGGGGGAGGUGGGCGGCCAAACCGGCGGUGGAAGCAUGUGCCGUCGUCUCUCAAGGUCACUCAUGAUUACCGGAGUCCGCCGUCCGGCAAGGAUACGAUCCGGCGGGGAGAAUGCGGCGGUCGUGGUGAUCGGGAUGACGGUCGUGGAGAUAGUGGCAGUGGUGGCAAUGGAAAUUUCGGUGGCUGGGGUAGCGGUCGCCUUAAGGGCCGUGAUGGUGGUAAUAGUGGUGGUAGUGGACAUGGUAGUGAUGGCAAAAGUGGUGGUGGUAGUGGAGGCGGUAUUAGUGGCGGUGGUAGUGGCAGUGGUAGCGGAGGCGAUGGUGGCAGCGUUAGUGGCGAUGUCAGUGGCAGUGGCAGCUGUGAUAUUGAUGGUGGUGGUAUUGGGGAUAGUGGUAGUGGCGGGGUUAGCCAUUGCGGUGGUGGUAGGGAUGCUGGCGUUGGGGGUAGCGUCGGUCACGAACCAAACCACAAUGGUACUGCCGGCGUCCCCGUUGCAAAAAUGGUGGUGGAAAAACGAUUACGGUUUGAGCCGAAAGUCAGCCAUUCUCAUGGGAAGCAGUCGCACAGCAAAGGAGUUCGCAAACAGAGACAGGAAGCUCACGGUCCCAGAGCUGUCAGUGUUGUCCUUUCAAAAGUGAGUCCCGGAGGUUCGCCGACGUGUAAAUAUGCUGGUGGUGCAGUGGAAAGCGCCCGAGCUUCCAGUGAGAACGGGGCCUGCUUGUUUGUGGCUGGUUACGUGACCUCCAUCAGCGCGCGGACCACAAAGUCUCAAGAGAGGCCGUCACGUGCCAAACCGUCCAGACACAUCGCAGCCUCCACACCGGGCCGCACCAGGCUGGAAGACCGGAGCUCACCGGAGAGCCGCGCCAACUCCACCCCUCCCCCGGCCAUGGCAAACAAAGCAGGCGCUGAUAACGGCGGUGCCAAGACGGACGAGAGAGUGCGGUUGGCCAAGGAGAGGCGGCAAGAGCUAGAGAAGAUGCAGGCGUCGCGGGGGGAGCUCUUCCAGGAGAAGGAGCGGAAGGCGCGCGAGCUGUACGAGCGCUUCAUGGCGGAACGGCGGAGGAGGCUCGCCGAGCAGAGGCAGCGCGAGGAGGAGAGGCGCGUCGCCGUCGACGAGAAGAGGAGGCAGAAGCUCGCCGAGGACAAGGCACGAUACGAGGCGUCCAUAAGCCGAGCUCAGGAGAAGGGGCCCCCCCGUCGAGACCCACGCAACCGCUGGUCGUGGGGGGGGCGCGCUACCUUCCAACCACACGGCCUCGCCGCGCAAGCACCACGGGGAAGCACACCAAACGAUUGUCGCUCGGUCAAUAAACCGGAAUUGACGGCUGCGGCCCCCGGAGCACUUUCUGGCACCACCGACACCCCUGACCGGCGUUCCGUCUCCACGGUGAACCUAUCACGACACCCGCCAGACUCGGUCGUCAGCAAGAGGCUGUCGAUGUCAUCGGCAACGCUGCUGAACUCGCCGGAUCGGCCUGGUUCGUCCGGAAAGAGGAAGAAAACGAACGGUCGGCGGUCCCAGCUAACGCCGAUGGAGAUGAGCAUCGUGAGCCGCCUGCUGACGCCGACGCACUCGUCGCUGGCGCGCAGCCGGAGUGUCGCCACGCUCUCAGGGGAAGGUCACUGCCCAGUGUUCCCGGUGUGCCCUCGCUCAGCCUUCGCAAGCCCCGUGCUGACCCCCACACACAGCAAGCAGCAGCACCGACACCGCAGCCGCAGCCAGGAGCGCCGGUUCAAGCCGUUCAGCACGCCGUCGCCGCUGGUGGAGCGGUUAAAGAAAGAGAAGCGGAUCUCGUCUCCAGGCGCGGGGCUGAGCGCCUCGCCGAUCCUGCGCCCUCCCCGGCGUUCCGAGCCCCCUCCCAGGUCCUGCCCGCAGACCGGCGGCACCACCACGCCCGUUACGUCGGGCAAGACCUCGGGGCCCGUGAGGGCCAACCACCCGUCGCCAGCCGCCACCGCCGCCUUCGUGUCCUCCAAGCCCCCGUCGGGGCCGCAAACGCCGCGGCCCCGUGUCGACAGAAAGGACGCGAAGGACGUGAAGGAAGCGAAGGAAGUGAAGGACGCGAAAGAGAAGAAGGAGACGAAGGCCGAGAAGGAGCGAGCCAAUGCCGCCACCGCCAAGGACGAGAAGAGGCCGGCCAUUGCCAAGAAGCCCAAGUUGUCAUCCCCCCCAGCGGCGGGGUCGAAGGUCGCCACGCCCAACGGGGCCGCGCCUGUGUCGCCGCUGCCGCCGCCGCCACCGUCGCCUUUACCACAGGCCGCCGGCGGGUACCGCGAGAAAGCGGCGAUGACGCCGGCGACGGAGCGUCGAGGCGCCGAUGGGGCACCGGCGGAAGUGGUUGAGGCACCGGCGGCGGCGGUGGUGGCGGCGGCGCCGGUACCGGUGGUGGAGGAGAAGGAGGAGGAGAAGCCGGGUGCCGAGAGAGCACGAGGAGAGAUGAUGCGUAUGCCCACCAUCGUCGUGGAAGAGGCCCCUCCUGUGGUCGACAGUGACGAAUCGGAAGAGCCCACCGCCUCCGGGUGGUUUGACGAGACCGCCGCCGCCGGCACCAAACCCACCGUCUCCACUCAAGAGGCGCCGGCGGGCGGUAAACGGCAAGGGGACCAAAGCCCUGUCGACGGCAAACCGUCGCCCAAAGAUCACCCCGCCGCCGACGGCGCCGGGAGAGAGAGCGGCGCCAGAACGGCCGAGACGACGGGGCCCGUCGAAACUGCGCGGCCGCCGCCGCCGCCGGUGGCGGAGGCGGCGGCGGCGGCGGCGGCGGCAACCGCGACGGCCGCCGCGGCGACCAAGACUCCCAAAAAGUCCGGGGCGGCGGAGGGCGAUGCGGCACGGCCGAGCGCGGCCACGGAGGAGGCCGCGACGCGGACGCCGGGCGGGAAGGGUCGCUCGGACGAGGCCAAGGCGGCGUCGGGCGGCGGUGGUGGGAAGAGUCUCGCAGGGAGCACCAACGCGGAGGACGCGACGCGGGCCCUGGCCGAGAAGCGCAAGCUGGCGCGCGAGCAGCGCGAGAAGGAGGAGCAGGAGCGCAUCGCUCACGCCGAGGCCGAGAAGCGCAUGAAGGAGGAGAUCGCUCGCCGCAAGGCGGAGGAGAGGGCACGGCGCGAGGAGGAGGCGCGGCGGCUGGAGGACGAGCGCCGGGUGCAGGAGGAGGAGGAGCGGCGGCGAGCGGAGGAGGAGCGCGAGAGGAGGGAGACGGAGGAGCGGGAGCGGCAGGUGGAGAUACAGAAGCAGAGGGAGGAGGCAGAGGUGCGGGCGAGGGAGGAGGCUGAGAAGCAGCGCGUGGAGCGCGCUCGCCAGGCUCACAAAGAGGAGCAGGAGCGGCUCGAGAGGAAAAAGCGUUUGGAGCAAAUUAUGAAGCGGACAAGGAAAUCGGAACCCAACAAGGAGAAAGAGGGGGGGAAGGACCUUGAGGAUACUCCAGAUCAGCAGAGCAACGGUGACACGGGAGACUCGCCAGGGCUGCUGAGCUUGAACGGACAGACGCACGCUCGGGAGGCGCCCACCGGGAACGGCAGCGCGGCAGUCGGAAGCCUGACCACGGAGGGGAGCAACGGGCGAGACUUCGAGGAGCUGAUCGACCUCGCGAUGGAGCCGCGGUCGAUGAAGGCGGCGGUGACGGCCGAGGGUGGCGACGCUGCCGCCGACACCGUCGGCAGCGCGACGGCACCGCCGCUGCCGCCAAACCCCCCGCUCAUCGCCUUCGAGGAGAACGGAGACUCGCUGGCCUGAGGACGGAGGCGAGGAACGGACGAUGUCUGCCGACGUUGGGGCCGCCGGCGCUGUCCGCCGCUCGCGGGCAACCGGCGCCUCCCGCGCUCAGGCACCCACAGUUUAUUGUUUUUUUUAUUCCCCCCCCGGCCCCCCAUCCGUUAUCGUUUUGAGUGUUGACUGUCACGCUUCAUCCACCGCCACCGCGCCACGAAUCCGUCGCGCGUCAUUUUGCUGCUGGGAAAAAUGCGUCGACGCGUCCCCCCCCGAGUUGUGAAUGUAGUUGAAGACGGAAGCGGAGAAGAGCAACGAAAAAUAGAUGGGGGGGGGAGUGGGGGGGAGUGAGUGAAACCGUAAAUGUAAAUGAAAAGGAUCAGUUUAAAAAUAAUACUCUGUUUUAAGAAAAGCGGAACUCGAGUAAGUAAGCAGGAAAAAAAGAAAAGGAACAUGAUUGUAAAUAUUGUCAAUGUAAAAUUAUUGUAGAAGUUGAA